GGGGGGAAAAGGGCGGGAAACGUGAGGCGAUUUAAAAACACUAAUAAAGCAGCUGAAAAAACAUUUAAGUAAUUACCACUGGCAUAAAAUGUUCGAUUUCUGUGGGAAAGUCGGUGCCCUUAUAAAUCCAGACAGCAGGGUCUGAGCUCACCCAUAUCACCCCACCCUCAGAGGAAUUUCCCUAGGGGUGAAACAGGGUUUAGAUCUGUUCUGUAUCAACUGGAUCUAGGUUUAUUUGGAGGGAGGAAAAAAGACAAAACCCUGAAGCUGCUGUUUGAGGAAAAAUUUAUGGGACUAGUAGAAGGAUGACAUCCACUGUAAGUACCAGCUUCACCUUGAUUCCCAACCAGAAAUACAGGCGCAGUAGCCGUCGCUCCAAACCAUUCUGCAACACUGUGGACACAGAUUCCGAAUCACUGUCAACUCUCGGGAAUUUCAAAGCACUGCCAUUAGAGCUCUUUCAAAUGGUCUUGAAAUAUCUCUCAGUGAAGGAUAUCAGCAUGCUAAGCAUGGUGUCGAAAGCCAUCAGCAACUGCCUUAUUAAUUACAUCUCAACCUCAUCAGGAAACAGAAGGCUUUUACUGCAAGAUUUUCAUAACCUUGAGAUAUCUGGCAAGAGAGAAGGAUCCUGUGUAUUAGAACACUACAGAUCUCUAGGUUUGUUGCUUAAAAGGUGUACACUACUACUGCCCACAAAAGACAGGCUAAAGUACAUACACAAGAUACUCUCAGAAGUUUCCUGUUUUAAACUCAGUGGUUGCCCAAGCCCGUUGCAUUGCUUGGGAUUACAAUGCUACGGAGUGUUUUUACAGACCUUGACAGCAGGCUGGGAUGAGCUAGAAUGCCAUCGUGUUUUUAACUUCCUCUGUGAGCUGAGCAAUCUACCCCGCAAAGUACAGACAGUUGUCAGCAGCAAACCAGGUAGUGCCCGAAAGCUGGAAUUACGGAUAAGGUUAUUCUGUCGCAGUGUCCUGCUAAAUCACUGGAUUCAUCGAAGUGAUUCUGCAUUUUGGCUGACUCGUAUCUUAAAACCAUGGCCAAUGGUUAAUCAAGCCCGGCUGUUGUACAUCAUUUUUGGGCCAGUCUCCUCUCUAAAUGGACAUGUGGUUUGGCAGAAAAUGAUAGAAGGACCAACAGAUGAGACCAGUUUAAAGGGUCUAGCUGAUGCUAUUAAACUACUGUAUGACACAGAAGCUAAAGAGUGGACAGCAGAUGAUGUUAUCAGUCUUGUGGAUGAAUUGUCAGUGGUUCCCCGGGAGUGGCUCAUGGAGAAUAAUGCUCGCCUCCUCAUCCUGAGUGGGAACAACAUCUGUUUCACCUUCAUGGCUAGUAAAGCUGUGAAUGGGAGGGUUGUUGAGCUGGCCAGGCUAGUGGUCUUUCUGGCUUUGGUCUGUGAGAAGGACUUGUACUGCAUGGAUUGGGCAGUAAAAAUGAUGCAGAAAGUCUGCAAGGUUUUCAGCACUCCAGGCGAAAGGAAUAACUUCCUGCAGAGUGUGGAGAAUGCAUUUGCUCACAUGAUCAUGGACAUGCUACAGUCAGUAAUGUCUGGAGAUCGUGAUGAAGAAGACAGCAGCUUUUUGAAUUUGUUCCACCUUGUGAAUGCACAAGCUAACUUCCAUAAGGAAAUUCUGUAUCUGACCAUGAGAAGCACCUCUACCUAAAUACUUCGAAUUUCAGGCUUUUAGAGAAUACUACAGUGAUUCAGAUAGGUGGCCUUUUUCUCUGUUUAUUUUCUCACACAUAGAAAACAGUGUCCACCUACUUUUUAAAUUCACUCUUCAGCAGUUGCUUGCAAAGUUUUAGCAGCUACGAAAAUAGAAAAUAUAAUAGCCAGUUAAAUCUGGAGCUAUAACCUCUGCAGAAGAUGUAGGAGGCUGACUGGAGAUGCUAGUGAAAUACAAAGUAGAAGAAUUAAACCUAUGAAGACAUAUUGAGGCAUCUCUAAGAAACUACAGCACAGUCUGUGCAAUACACUUGUCUAAGCCUGUAUGUCAGGAUGUGCUGAGGAGCCUAUCUGUGGCAUUCCAUGGUUUGGCUGUUAUGGGCAGGAAUACACACUGCAUUCUUCUCCCACUGUGUAUGUUUGGAUACAAAAUAACAAUGACAUAGUGUUAAUAUUUGAUAUACAUCCACAAAUUAAAGAAUGUUAUCUUAGUUCAGAACAGAAAAUAUUUUGCUCUUUUAAUGUUGUUUUCUCUUUGGAAUCCAUUAAGACAAAACCAGUGUAAUGAGAGAGGCAUGGCCAGGUUUCUCCAGUUCAGCUCACACCGGGUGUCUAUAAUUCACUCUUACAUUCUUUGCUUCAGAACUAGAGAUCCUGCAUGGAUUGUUCAUAAAGUUUCAUCACAGAAGGAGACAGUCUCUGGAAAAAGUCCUAGUUUUUUAAGGAAGGCAAAAAUUAGUUGUUGUUUUUUACAGCACAUGCCUUUCAGCCAUAAAGCAGAAGAAACUUCAAACUGUACCUUUGUGCUAAAUAUAAUAACUGGAUAGUUAAAAAAAUUAUAUAUCUGGAACUCUGCAAAGUUGAAGGAUGUUUAAUGCAUGUAGACAUUCUAAGAUCACUGUUUUUUUAUUAAAGUACACAGAUAUGUAUCCUAUUUACAAAAAAGUUUUAUAUUUCUGGUACAUAGCUUUAAAAAUUGAAAAUAUUUAAUAUGUGCUAACAGUAUUUAUUUCAUUUUGGAUUAGUUACAUGAUGGUUAUUUUCUUCAUAUUAUUAAAAUACCUUUUCCCCCCAUCAGAAAUAUUUCCAAAUUAUUUAAAUAUGUGCCAAAUUUUGCCCUUUGAGACAGCUGUUCAUCUCCAAGAGGCAGAUCCACAGCUGGCAUAAAUUGUGGAAGCUGACAAUUAACACCAGCUGAAAAUCUGCACCUAAUUGAUUUCAAUGGUAAUGAGCUGAUAACAACUCCUGAUGUUUUCUGUUUAAAUAGAUCCUUUUUCUGAAACAUAUCCAAGGAUAGAAUUGGGCUGUAUGUAUGGGUGGGAGUGGAAGGUAAUUUUUCUUUGUUAACAUUCACCUAGAAACUUAAUUGUGCACCAAUAGAUGUCAGAGAUGAAGCCAUUCAUUUAAAAACAAAAUAUGAAACAUACUGGUAUGUUAAUAUUGUUUUUAAAAUCCAUGUUCUGGAUUUUAAACAAUAUUUUAAAACACAUUUUUGUUGUCUCUCACUUUUGUGUAAUAAUUAUUGACCUAUUUUAAAAUAAAAUACAAAAUAAUGGGAA